AUGAGGCGAACGGGCUCGGCUUUGCCCGGCAAACUUGAUGAAACUCCAGCAAGAAACAUGGCGAUUAUGUUAUUCAAAGACAGUGAAGAUUUAACAGAUAAACCUAUUCUACCACGACAUCGAAGACCACCAAAACGUUAUGAUUCAAAUCCAGCUGUUGUAAAUUUUUCUAGUUGUGGAGAAUUUUAUCGCCAACAAUAUAUUGAAGCACUUGAAAUUGUUGUUAAUAUGUUAAAAAACCGAUUUACUCAAAAGAACUUUAAAUUAUUAUGUAAUGUUGAGAAAUUUAUUAUUCAUGUAGCAAAUAAUUCACUUGAUGAUCCAAAUGAUUGUGUGCAAUCAAUUAAGAAUUUUUGUUAUGGUGAUAUCGAUGUUGAAAGAUUGAAAGGUGAAAUACUUAUGAUUUUUGAUUUUUUUCAAUCGGUAAUUAAAACAAAUCAGAUGAACAUAAAACGAAUCACAAAAAUUUCAACAAUUUGUGAAAUUUUAAAUACAUGUGAAAUAGGUAAACAAGCGUUUAAAGAAUAUCAUAAAUUAAUCAAACUGUAUUUAACCAUUCCGGUUACGACGGCCACGACCGAACGUACAUUCAGUACAUUAAAUAGAUUAAAAAAUGCAAUUCGUUCUUCGAUGACUCAAUCACGUCUCAAUCAUUGUUUAUUACCACAUAUUUAUAAAGAAAAACUUGAUGAAAUUGAUGCAAAUCAAAUCAUGUCCAAAUUUAUAUCAUCAAAUGAAAAAAGGCAAACUUUUUUUGGUUCAGUGCUCUAG